CACCCCCUCGGUAACUCCCAGGCUUUAUUAUCGCCACCUUCCCCCACCCCAAACACACACACACACACACACAAAAACCCCGAGCUCAGCAGCGACCUGCAACCGCGCAAAUAAAACUACAACAUGGAGUCCGUCCAGCCGGCACCAGCCACCGCCGCCGCCGCCAGCCCCGAGACGGCCGGCUCCAGAGGCGGCGAGCACGGAACACCCGCCCGCCGCCACAGCUGCUCCAGCACCAACAGAGGUAUAUCAGUCACAAAGAAGACACACACGUCUCAAAUUGAAAUUAUCCCAUGCAAGAUCUGUGGAGAUAAAUCAUCUGGAAUCCAUUAUGGUGUCAUUACGUGUGAAGGCUGUAAGGGGUUCUUUAGGAGAAGCCAACAGAGCAAUGCGACGUACUCUUGCCCUCGGCAAAAGAACUGCCUCAUCGACCGAACAAGCAGGAAUCGAUGUCAGCACUGCCGGCUACAGAAGUGUUUGACAGUGGGAAUGUCUCGAGAUGCCGUGAAGUUUGGUCGGAUGUCCAAGAAGCAGAGAGACAGUCUGUAUGCUGAGGUACAGAAACAUCGUCUGCAGCAACAACAGCGAGACCACCAGCAACAACCUGGCGAAGCAGAGCCCCUGACCCCAACAUACAAUGGGCUGACAGAACUGAACAAUGACCUCAGCAAUCUUUAUAUGGAUGGUCACACGCCAGAAGUGGGCAAAGCCGACUCAGGAAUGAACAACUUCUAUCUGGACAUUCAGCCAUCCCCAGACCAGUCCGGCCUAGACAUCAAUGGUAUUAAACAGGAGCCGAUAUGUGAAUACGCAGCGGUCCCUGACUUCUUCCCCUACUGCUCCUUCACAAACGGUGAAAGCUCUCCCACUGUCUCAAUGACAGAACUAGAGCACCUCGCACAGAACAUCGCCAAGUCCCACAUUGAGACCUGCCAGUACUUGCGGGAAGAGCUGCAACAAAUAACAUGGCAGGCCUACGUGCAGGAAGAAGUGGAGAUUUACCAGAAUAAGCCCCGGGAGGUGAUGUGGCAGCUUUGCGCUAUUAAAAUAACCGAAGCAAUUCAAUAUGUGGUGGAGUUUGCAAAACGGAUCGAUGGAUUCAUGGAACUGUGUCAAAACGAUCAGAUCGUACUUCUGAAAGCAGGUUCUUUAGAAGUUGUGUUUGUCCGAAUGUGUCGAGCCUUUGACCCGCAGAAUAACACGGUUUAUUUUGAUGGCAAAUAUGCUGGUCCCGAUAUCUUCAAAUCACUAGGCUGUGACGACUUGAUCAACUCCAUCUUUGAAUUCAGUAAAAGUUUGUGCAUGUUGCAACUCGUGGAGGACGAGAUUGCCCUGUUUUCUGCGUACGUGCUGAUCUCUGCAGAUCGUCUGUGGCUUCAGGAGAAAAUAAAAGUUGAGAAACUGCAACAGAGGAUUCAAUUAACACUCCAGCAUAUUUUGCAGAAACAUCACAGAGAGGAUGGCAUUCUGACAAAGCUGUUAUCUAAAGUGUCUACAUUACGAACACUGUGUAAUCGACACAUUGAGAAACUGUCCUCAUUCAAAGCAAUACACCCGGACAUUGUGCGGGUCCAUUUCCCUCCGUUGUAUAAGGAGCUCUUCAGCUCUGAGUUUGAGCAGAUGAUGCCAACGGAUGGUUAAGUAUUGUCAUCAGAGGAGCUCGGAACCCCAGAAGUACCUGCAUCAAAAAAUUGAAGAUAUUUUGCAUUUUUCCAACGCUGCACUGCAGUGGCCCAGGAGAUUAACAAACACGACAUAUUUCUUGGGUGAGGUGUUUAAUAGGAUGGGGCAGGGGAUGAAUUAAUAUUAGUUUCUUCGUGAAAGUUGAACUUGUUUUUCUCAUGCAUUUAGUUUGUGUAGAGCACAGCGCACAGUGACAUUAUAAUGCUGAGAAGCUAAUUUAGAGCAAAUCUUUUACAGGGUAUAUAGAGUAAAUACAGUGAACAUAACAGUUAUUAUCAGUAUAUCAUUUUUAAACUUGAUGUGCUGUGAGACGAAAUAUGAAUCUGCAAUUUAAGCACUUUUUUCCCAAUUUGUACAUGAUAUGUUGUAUUUAUUAGUUCUGUUAAUAGGACGUGCACAAGAAAUACAAGUUUAACAGUUGAGUAUAUGGAGGGAGGUUUGGAGUUUUAGAUGCUGCUGUUAGGUUGAUGUUUGUUUAUAGUAGGAAUGCCCACGUACUUAGUUUGAUUUACAAACACACACCAAUUUCCAUAGUCUGUGCGGCUGAUUAAUGUGUCAUUGAUUCAGAUUAAGAAUGGUACGGUGAAGGGUAAUAGAAUCAAAAUGAUCUAUAAAAUAUGAAGCCUUGUCUGGACCACUUUAGAGAGAGUUCUAUUUUUAUAACCCUGGUAUGAAUAUUAGGAAGCACUUAAAAUAUUCCUGCAAUAAAAGAGACGUGAUUUGUGCAAGACAAUGUUUUUUGUAAGGCAAGCCAACAAUAGAAAGAAGUGUUAUUUUCUAAGAGCUUGGUGUUAUUUUCUUGUGAGAAUAUGUCUGGUCUAGUGAAAUCUUUUUGAUUAAUGUGCCACAGUGUAAGUGUGUUUCUGCUAAUGAGCAACACAAGUCUUUUUAAUCUUGAAAUGGAGGUUUCCUUGUGAAACAACAUUCCAAAAGAAACGCAAAAAUGUAGAAAUGUCUAAAGUAAGUGUUUGUGUGUGCGUGCGUGUCUCUGUGUGUGUGUGUGUGUGUGUGUGUGUGUGUGUGUGUGUGUGUGUGUGUGUGUGUGUGUGUGUGUGUGUGUGUGUGAAUGAUCAGUCUGUAUCACUGUUGCUUUUUGCACAUUAACUUCAUUCCUUGGUAGUGCAAUAUGUACAAAGAGUACUUGCUAGUGUACAUUUAACCCCUCAGGGAAGAAAAAAAAACCUGUUUGUACAGUCUCUUAUUCUGCUAAGGGCUGUUGAGUAGUUCAUUUUGUGUGUCUGUGUGUGAGGCAGUCAGUCUGGCUCUAAUCCUGGAGUGAGUCUGGAUUCAGGAGUCAGGCCACUGUUUGUUUGAAAUGCUCCAAAACAUGUUGAUUGUGUAACGCUCCUGGCAAUUGCUGUUACUGUGAAAGACAAUCCAGAAUUCUGAUUAAAUGAUAAGAAUCCGAGGAAGAAAAAUCUUGAAGGUCCGACAGAAAUCAGAUAGAGGGUUUGAACUUAUUUUAGCUCAGGGAUAAUUUAGAUUAUAAUGAAGGUGUGGAAUGGUCAGUAUUUCUUGUAACAGUAAACACAGCAAAGGCAUUCAGGCCCUUAGAAGUUGCAAACUGAAUCAACGAUAAUGUUGCCUACCAUAAUGUUUGGAGGCAAUUUAUUGGGCAGUGUCUGGAAGCCACUAGAGUUAUUAAGGACAGUUACAAUUUUGUUUUUUAUAGAGGGAGAGCUGUUAGCGAAGGCUUCUAUGGAAUAUUGGGUGAAUCCUAGAUUUACAAUCUUGGCAAUCAAAGCACUUGAUCUACCGUUUUAACCAUUUACUGAUGCAUGUUAAAUGAGAGCACAUGUAGGUCUCUAGCUCCCUCACAUUCAUCAACACUACACCAGCUCAAACAGCAUUCUGGUAUUUUCCAUCUCCCUGAGCCCAGGAAACCGAUGAAAUCGGCAUUUCCAAAUUGGGAUGGAGUGCAGUAAAAGAUCCAAUCUGGCACUUGGGAAAGGAGGGAAGAGUUGAAUCAGUGUGGAGAAUCAAUUUGCAUCUUGGGUCCAUCUGUUACCCCUUCCCGGAACAGAGGAACCAGACCCUGGAGAUAAAUAUAACUGGUUGACACGGAGACAACAGCCCCUGUAGAAAAGGAGUCUAGUCACCACCUUCAACUCUAUCUCCAUAGUGGAGUGAGUACCAUCAGGUCCACACCAAUCCUCAGAAGAGCAUCCCACCCAGACUCACCACCUACCCUGUCCUGGUUACCUGCAUCUCCCAUGGCUAAUCCAUCAGACCUGCGCAUCUUUGGAC